UUGUACGAAUUGGAAGUGUGUAACGGAACUUCGUGUCUUGAGUUUUACUCUGCAUUCGUUCGUUGUAAUUAACAAAACAAAAAACCCAAUUUGAUCGCAAUGAAAUUAUCUUGUGUCUUGGCCGUGGUGUUGUUGUUGUCUUCCAUGUGUUUGGCCCUGCCAUUGGAAAAAAUCGUAGUCAAAGAUCAAAGUUUCGAUGACAUUGACAUGGACGUUGCCGAAUCAGUAAACAUUCCAUUGAUCACAAAGACUGUAAAUGCGCCAGAGAACAAAAAUUCAGACUCCGCCGGAGCGGAAGUUUCAAAGAAUUCGGAACGCAUUGCUCGUCAAUUGUCGUUGGAUAUUGAAGCAUCCGAAAGUGUAAAUUAUGGUGCUCAGACCGAUACUGCCAAAUCAUCUGACUUCGAUGUACAUUCGCAAGCCGAAGAGGCUGGAUCGGAUUCAAAAUCUGGAUUUAGGGUAUCCCUCUUUCAAGCUCCCGUAAAAACUCGCGAGUCUGUCAAUUUGGAGUCAGAGGCUAUACCAUCGAAGGUUUUAAGUGUCUACGAUAACAGUCAGAAAUUUAUUGCCGAUAAAAGUCAACCUGUACCGAUUUUGGAUACAAUUAGCGAACACGAAAAGUAUGGCAACAAUGGUGAUAUGUUCGAUGGCAUCUCUCGUAGUUUAGUCAAUGGUUAUGAGGCCUUUUCGAAUUUCCUGAAUACAAUUAUACAGAAACCUCAACAAAUCUUCAAAUCGAUUAACAAGAGCGUCAAUGCCCAACUGGAUAUAAUUGGCGGCAAACUUGUGGGUCUUUAAUGUAAAAAUAAUUUUUUAUUUUUUUCUACUUUGUUUUAGUUUUAGUCUUCUUUAUUAUUUCUUUCAAUUCGUGUUUAUAUUAUGACAGCAAAAUUAUUUACUUAAGUUUCUUAAUUUUCUUAUAUUUGUUAAAUAAAUAAAUUAUUAUUUUAUUUUUUAA